UGCGUCUUCGGUUUUCGGCUUUUUCUUUAAACUCGAGUUCCCUGCUCUUCCGGCCUUGUCUCCUUUCCUUUCGCCGUUCUUUUUUCCUCUCGCUUUUCGUUUUCGUCCUUUUUUUCCUCGGCGACAUCGCGCGUGCAGGCCACUCUCGCAGCUUUUGCCCCCCCCCCCCUCAUGCGAGGUUGCGGACCUGGUCGUCGGUUUCCUCAACUCUUGUGCGAGAGGAAUUCUUUUUUAGCCGCCCAGAUUCUCUGUCCUUGCCAGUUUCUCUCCGCCGAAACAGUUUUGGCGUUUCUUCUUGCCACCCUGAAAAGUCGCCUGUCUUCAACGAUCCGCCGCGCCCGCCCAGCCCCCGGAGCGCAUGUAGCGCUGUAUGUACACCGCAAAACUGCGUUUUCACUCGGCGACGAGGAAACGCCGUUUCGGUUUCUCGACGUUUGUCUAUUCUCUCGUUUCGUUCUAAGUCUCCUUUGUCACUGCCGCCCUCCUCUGAGGCGAGCUGGAUGAGAGGAAGAGGAUGGCAAGGAAGCAGAGGCGAACGACAAGCACAAAGGGCAACCCAGAGGCUCCGAGUAGAGGCGAGCAUCCCAAGAAGGUCGGUUUCCAUGGAGGAGAGGACGCCGAACUGAAAAAACGUACCUUUUUUCGAGAGAGCGACCAUGGCUUUCACAUCUGCGAACCAUCGCGAGGAGUUCUCUUGCUCCUCUCACUCCUAUUCUGGGUAUUCGCCGUCUUUCCACUCUUCUCUCGCCUAUGAUCUCUCUUCCUCUCUCAGUCCCGGCGGCUGUUCUUCGCCUGUGCCGCCUCUGCUGCCUUCUUCUCUCCUCGACUCUCCCUCACUUUCUUCUUCUUCUCUUCUCCCCCCACCCCUCUGCGUCGGCUUCUCGCCGGGGUCCUCUUCUCUCUCUUCGCACAUCUCGCAAGCGUCUUCCCCUUCUUCUUUCUCUUCCCUUCCUCUCGGCGUCGCCUCGCCUCCGCUGCCACUCACUCCGUGUGCGAACGACUCGCCUCCGCCGUGUUCGCCUCCCUUCUCUUCUUCUCCCCUCUCUUCCUCUUCCCCCUCGCCGGGCGCUUCUUCUCUCCUCUCCUCUUCUCUCCCGCCGGCGGCCUUCUCGCCUUCAGGCGCUACGCCUUCUUACGCCUUUGCUGCUCUUGCGUCCGCCGCUUCUUCGCUUUCUUCGCUCCCUCCUCUCGGCUCUUCUUCGCAGCCGGCGCCCCUGACGGCUGAGGAGAUCCGCGCUCUUCCCUUUCUCUGCAGUCGGGUGUACGUCGAGUUCAGCGCAGACGCUGCUCUGCCUCCGGAGGUUCGCCUCGCGCUGCGGUACCCUCACGGCUACGAACUCGGCGUUUCAGGGAAGAAACCAAAGGUCGGAAAACUCGAACAAGUCGCGAAGCCUGAGAAAGGCCGCGAGGCGCGUCCACGCAGAUACAAGGCAGAAGAUGUGAAGGAAAACGCAGGCGCCAAUGCAGCGAAACAUCGAAAAGAGAGCGGAGGCCCAGAUGCAGACAAGCACACACAAGCAUUGGUCCUGCAAAAGCACGGAGACCCGCCAGUUUCUUCUGCUUGUCCGACGCGCGACAAAAGGGGAAGAAACGCAUGCUUGUGCGACGGAUGCCGCCUCGCACGAGCACUCGAAGAGGCGUCAAGUCUGUUGAGACCCUUUGGCCUGUCAAUUGUGAAAAAUGCAAAGUUCUUUCAACAACCUUCUUCCUCGACCUCGCAGCUGUGUCCACCGCGUCCUCCCGCGGCUCUGCCUCCUCCCGCGUCAGCGUUCUCUCUUCCUCAAGUUCCUGGCCUCUCGUCAACGCACAAUCAUGAAACCGGACUCGCGAUCGUUCCUUACUCGCCUUCUUCUCUCUCUGUCUGUUCGCCUUUUCCCCAGGCGUCUUGCCCGUCUCUUCCUUCCCCUCCGUUCUCGUCUCCGCACUCGUCUUUGCGGUGUACGGACGCUGCGACCGUCGUGUGUACAGACCCCGAAAAGUUCUUUGCGGCGUCUGUACACCCGGCAGGUUCGCGGGUGUCCCGAGUCUCUGCUUUCGCCUCUCCUGCCUCUUCCUCGCCGUCGCUUCCUCUCGAUCUUCUGCAAGAGGUAGUGACAGAAGUAAAGAAGGCUUUGACUUCGUACGUUUUGCGGGGGAAACCACCCGCAGCUCCUGUUGGGUCUGCUCGUACCUCGCUCUCUCUCAGGUCGAAGUCUGCCGUUGGCUGUGUCUCUUCCUUCGCGUUCGGUCCGCAUGCUCCCGGCUCGCGGCUGUCAGACGCCUCCCAGAUUCGCGUCAGACUCGCCGCAUCAUCUCGUCCUGCUUUUCACUCUUCUUCCUCACACUCAGCCUCUCCCGCCUGCAGCGAAAAGGUGCCAGAAAGGCAGGGGGGGGGACGCAGCGACGUCGAGGAAGAGAAGAGAGGCUUUUACUCAGCGGGCGAGAGGAAACCUGGACAGAAGACGCGGAAGGAGGAAGACAGCAGCAUGUUCGACACGGACGCAGACACCAUGGAGGGAUGGAUCGACGCAAUCAUUCAGCUUCACGACAUCCAAAACGAAGAACGACAGGCGCUUGUCGUCACGAAUCACUACGCGGGGAUCUUCUCCAGCAAGCGCGUCGUUCUAACCUACACAAGCCACGAAUUCAGGAAUCUUCUGUUGAAAGAUCCGAGUUUGAGCUUUUCUUCCCUGUACGGUCCGAGGCUCGCGCCCGACGUCUCGCCGCUUUCAAGUGCAGCUGUCACCUCACCUUCUCUGUCUUCAGCUGCUUGGAUGGCUACACAGAAAAAGACGAGAGGCGUCGUGAACGAGAUACUUCAGCUGGUGCCGGGCUUUGCUCUCAAAACGCUUUUCUUUGACGGGGCUUAUGCCGAAGUGAGGCCGCUUCUUCGGCUUCUUCGUCGUCUGGCGUCGUCGUCUCUUUCCGCGAGUGCGUCCUUAGGUGUGAAUUCAUUCUCUUCUUUCGCCUCCUUCAGAGAGGCUGCCAAGACGUCUUUGCCUUCGUUGAAGAAGCGAGAGAGAGAGAAACAGGACAGGAGCCGCGACGGUCGGCGGAGGCCGAGCGAAAAGGGGAAGAGCGAGGAGGAAACAGAGACGGAGACUGAACAGACGAGAGAAGAGAAGAAAGAGAGCCACUCCGACGCCUCUGCGUCGACGGGGCAGGAUCGACCGGUUCUGACAAGACCUUUAAAGGUCCUGUUGUUGGUCGCGUCUUUCCCAGUGAGAAACAGCCGCGUGAGAGUCGCGCGUGCAGAAAUCGACGACCGCGCUGUUGAGGAUGUGACCACGAGACGCGCGACUAAACGCGUGAAGAUUCGAGGCUCGUUGCUUCCCCUCGGUCUCUCCCGCCUCCUUCGGGCCUUCUCCCUCCUCGGCGGAGUGUCUCUGUCUCCGGCGCCCGAGUGCCCCUGGCGCACGGGCGCGUUGGGCUCCAAACGCCCUGAGGAGGGCGCCGAGGCCGGGCCAGAGGUCCAGCGGCCGGAAAACAGAGAUAGAAGCCUGGGGUCGAGCGAAGUCUCCAAGUGUCUCGUGCUCCCUGAUUUGUCCCUUUUUUUCGUAUAUAAGCCGCAGCCGCAUGCAGGGGCUCCCUUCGCAGAUGAAGAGCUCCUGCUCUGCUCACCUCAUCGCAUGGCCUGGCGACAAUUCGGGCUUCUCGGAGGCCUUCUGAAAGAGAAGCUGCCUCUCGUCUACGAGCGCAUGCGUUCUCUUUUCCCUCCGGCGUCAUGGCGUUUCUCUCCAGAAGGCGUCGACCAACGGGGCGUGGUUAAGCAAGAGCCGCAGCCGACGCUCCUCGCCCUGCCCUCGACUGUCUCUGCAGACGAGGCGACAGACAAACGCAUCUCCACGAUUUUCGACGAGGACUUCUUGAACUCCGUCAGAGAAGAACUCUCUGGCAUUUGCUGCGUCGCUCGCCCCAUGUCCCCCGCAGAAGGCGAAGCUCUAGCGACACUCUGUCCCCUGGUGGGGGCUCGCCAGGCAGCGCAUGCGUUACGCGACCCACAGACCAGUCAAAUGUUCCGCAGAGGUCUGCGCGUCUUCAGUCACCUUUAUCCUUACAGAUUUCACAGCGCUGCAGAUGACCAGGCGUCUGCGUCUGCGUCGUCGCUUCUCUCUGCGUUUCUCGACUUCUUGCCGCCGCAACACUUCGUUUCGCAGCAUUUCCUCCACUUCGCCGCGGCCUCGCGAUCGCUGCCGGCACACACGGACCUCUUCCCCGUCUUCCGGCCCUCGUGGAUUCAAGAAAUGCGAAUUCUGACGCGAAGCGCGGUCAACGGGCGCUCCGGGCGCAGCAAGGGUUUCAAGGAGAUCCACGAUUUCCAGGAUUUCAUUCUCUUCCUCAGUGACUCUCACCGCACAAAGCAAGAAGAGGACUUGCAGCUUGCACUGCGGUCCGCUCUGACCUCCAGAGAGCGCGGUUCUUUGAUCUGCAGCGAGAAUCUGUUUUCUUCUCUCGGCACGUUUCUCUCGGUUCUCAACAGACUUUACCCAGCGCCGUCCACUCCAGGAAUCAAACAGACUGGCGCGCGGCCCCAGUCCCGCCUGUCCGUGUUCGCGGUUGUCACCUCUCCGAGUCUCCUCGCGCGCUCUUCUGCUGGCGAGAAGUUCCUCGCAGCUGUCUGCCAGCAACUGUUCACGGCCAAGAAGGAGUUCGACUGGUGUCGCGGAGUCCGCCUCGACGUCCACCUCGUCUCCCCGGGAUGGAUUUUCGAAUGCUACCACACCGGAUCGCUACGCCCGCCGUCCGGAGAGGCCUUUCACCUCGCAUGGCCUGCCGCAGAGAGCGAGAGAACUGAAGAAGACGGUCUCGGAAACGACGACUCUCAAGACGACGAAGGCGCCUCUCCAGAGACGCGGACUCUUCCAGGGAGAAGCAGCGGCAGCAGAGGCAAAGCUGAACAGCGCGAGAAAGACCGAGAAGCUGUGAGGAAGGAAGUCGAAACAGGCACAUCCCGCGACAAGGAGAACGCGCUUGUAGCCGCGAUGAAAAACAAACAGAGACGAAGCGUUGACGAAACCCACAAGGAAACAGUGAAAGUGUUUCCCAGUCUUCAGCUGGAAGACGAGGUCCCGUUCGCGCACCUGCCCCUUUGGGGUUGGCUGUUAUUUGUGUCUCCUUCAAUUCCUCUCGACCAGAAAGAUGUAGAUUUCCUGAGACGGACGCGAGGCCUUUGUCUGGUGUCGCUGCCGGAGAAUCCCCUGGAAAAUCCCGGCGUUGUUCGAAAGAGUCUCCUCGACUUCCUCCAACGUACACACCAGGUCGCGCUCUCUCGAAUUCCUUCCUUUCUCUCUCGCGUCGUCGUCUUCGCCGCAGUCAUCGUGGCUCCUCGCGAUGCAAGCACAGUUGCCGACCCAGACGCGAGAAAAAAAGACGCGACAGCCGCAGAGAGAGAAGACGCGCCUCCCAAGAUUCGGCAAGCGCGACGCUCUGCUUGCCAGCGCCCGUCAGACUCGGGUGAGGCGAGCGACGCCGCGCUUCUGCGUCUACAUGCAACAGAGGGUGAGCGCGAAGAGGUCGGCGAGAAGGAGAGGUCGAAAUGUCUCUGGAAAGAUCUGCCGAUCGCGCCAAAAGCGCGAGACAGACUCUCUCCUGCGGCGUCGCUUCUCGCAGGCACGCCUCGCCCGGGUGUGUGUACAGCCGAGGACAACGCCGCGCGGGGUCGGAACGGGGGUCGAGGCGGGAAGGCGGAGAACAACGAGGAGGCUCUGCUGUCUGGCGUCUCGACACCGGCGAAGAAGGCGAAAAGAACUUCUGUCGAGGAGGAGGAGAAAAGUCGCGUGCCUGUCUCGACUUGCUCUGCUCGCGCGUCUGCGUCGACGCCGCUGCGCGUCGCCUCAGUGUCGCGCUGCGGCCCUUGGGAAGACGCCUGCUCUCCUUCGGCGCAUUCGCCUGUCUCUGUGCCGGGCGCUCGGCGUUCGUCCAGCCGAACUCCAUCGAAGAUCUCAAGAAUGCCGAGUGCGAGAAAGAAAAGGGGCGUUUCAGAGGUGAGCUCUCCGCCUGUCUGUUCUUCGCCUCUCUCGGGAGUCCGCCCGCGAGCUUCUUCCUCGCUCUGUCGCUGUCGAGAGGCGUGUGGCGGCUCUUCAUGUUUGCCUCGACCCGCAGCGAAGAGUGGGCGAAGUUGCUCGGGGUCUCCACUCUCGAAACAAAGUCGACGACGCGCCUCAGGGCGAGAAGCAGAGAAGAAAGACGCGACCUCGCUCUCCUCCUGCGCUCGCUUCUGUCGCCUCACCUCCGUCAUUUCGUUCUGUGUGAAAGAGAAGCUCGUGACAGUUCCUGGAUUCCCGGGCAUCCCCGUCGUCCGCCUUGCGUGGGUGGAGGCGGUGCUGCGACGACGAGCUUUCCAGGCUCUCGGAUCCUUUCUGCUGCAUGCAGAGAGCGCCGAGACGCAGAGAGACUCGGAGAGCCUUCCCCGAGACUCUGAAGACAACGCAGAGGCGCCCAGCGGCAGGGUGUUGCAGGGAACGCGUCUGCGGCAGGGCGGGGAGGGUGAAGAUGGCGACGGAGCCAAGGAGGGGAGAGAAGGGAGGACUGGUGCGAAGCAAGAAAACGCUGAAGACAUGUCGGGAGCAGGCGAAGAGAUGGAGAGCUCUGAAUGUCCGAAGCAGGGAGGGCAAGGGGGGAAGAAUGGCGAAGGGGAGAACACACAAAGACGAGAAAAAAGGGGGCGACGAGAAGAAAUCAAAGACUCAAGACCCGGAGUCGAAACAAAGAAGGGGCGAAAGGGCACAGUGUAGUCACGUCUGGAGAGGGUGGCCAAUGCAGCGACUUCUUUCUGGCCUUGUCAAAGACAACUGCUUUGCUCAAAAAAGUGUUUUGUCAUAACUCUGCUUCCGGAAAGUGCGAGAUGGACCCGGAU